AGAAAAGCCGGCAAGCGAAGCCAAUCCGACGCGAUCCAAUCCGUCUGUCUCAAGAUGGACGACGACAGCUCGCUUGACACUCUCCUGGCGCGGGCGACGAACCCGCUAUGCCGGGAGCUGGACAUGGAGGCGGUGCAGCAGCUGUGCGAGCGCAUCCUGCUCGAGCGGGACGGCUCCCACCAGGCACUGCGCUUUCUCGCCCACAAGAUCCAGUCGCCACAGGAGAGGGAGGCCAUGCAAGCACUGCUGGUGCUGGAGGAGUGUGCCAACAGGUGCGGAGCCAAGUUCCAAGAUGAGCUGGGCAAGUUUCGCUUCCUCAACGAGCUCAUCAAGGUGGUCUCGCCCAAGUACCUGGGCAAUCGUGCCUCCCAGCGGGUCAAGCAGAAGAUCAUCGAGGUGCUGUACCGCUGGAGCAUCGAGAUGAAGCACCACGCCAAGAUCCAGGAGGCCUACCAGAUGUUGAAGCGCCAGGGUGUCAUUGCUGUCGACCCCGUCUAUGUCAUAGAGGAUUACGAGCCAGGCCCCGCGCCAGCACCCAGGUCCCAGAGUGCCGUCUUCGAGGACGAAGAAAAGUCGCAGAUGCUGCAGAAGCUGCUACAGAGCAAGAACCCCGAAGACCUGCAGGCUGCCAACCGGCUCAUCCGCAACAUGGUCAAAGAGGCGGAUCGGCGCAUGGAGAUGCUGGCGCGGCGCGCGACCGAGAUCGAGACAGUCCACAAUAAUGCCAAGGUGCUGAAGGACAUGCUGGCCAACUACAGGCCGGGCGAGACCUCUGCAGAAGAGCAGGACCUCAUGAAGGAACUAUUUGAAAGCUGUGAACGCCUGCGACCCAAGCUGUUCCGGCUGGCCGGAGAAAUGGAGGAGAAAGACGAGGGGCUCAACGAGAUCCUGACGGCCAACGAUGAGCUGACCAAUGUGAUCAACAUCUACAAGAAGACCAUGGGGCUAGAGCCGGCUGUCAAUGGUGGGAGCUCCACUACUGCCUUCAAUGACACCCACGCCGUGUCGGCCGUGCCAGUAGCCGCAGCUGCCGCGGGCUCCUUGCUGGACUUGGGUUCCCCGGGACCUGACAUUCGUGAAGAACCAAAGAAGGUCCCCGCCGACCUCAGCCUACUAGAUGACCAGCUGCUUGCCCUCGGCAUAGGUGAUCCAGGCCCGCCAACCGCGACCAGCAGCAUGGCUGAUCUGGGCUCUCUCUUCUCACCGGGCCUUCCUCAGAGCCUUCCUCAGGGCAGUGCGAACAUGGGUGCUGGGAGUGCCGCGGCUGGCCCGUUCGGGGGCUUUGGGAAUGCCACCACUGCCCCUUCCCGGCUUCCGGGAUAUUCGCCCUCACACCAGGCAGUGGCACAGCCCACAAUGCUGGCACCCAGUACAGCUAGCGGCCUGCUAUCUUCACCACUGCGGCCGACACCCUCUUACGUCCAGCAGGGGAACCACAUGAACAACAUCGGCAGUGGCAACAGCAAUGCCGCAACCACAGGUGGGUCUCUACUGGGCAAGUCACGUGGCAUGGAAGAGCUGGAUGCCCUGGGCCAGUCCCUCAUCAAGCAGGCCCUGCCUCACAACCCUGGCUCCCAGGGAGACUUCCCCACCACGCCACAGAAGAUUCCACUGAACCAGAUGUCGCGGCCCCUGCUGACUGCCGCGAGCUCCGGCAACAUUCCGGCUUCGGCAGGAGUCUUCCAGUCCGUGAGCGUCGGCCCUAAGACUCUGCCCCUCGGACCGUCUAUGCUGGCUCCCAUGGAGGGGCAUCCGCCGGUCUCCCCUUCCAAGAUGGCCACGGACAACCUCUUGAACGACCUGUUUGUGCCCCUGGAGCAGAUACAGCCGGGCUCACAGGCUCCUCUGAACCUGCACGAGGAGAAUGGGGUGCGUGCAGUGAUACACAUUGCACGAAACCGGCCCCAGGAGCACGUGUCGGUGCUUGUCGUGUCCAUCACGAGUCAGAGCAGUCUACCCGUGCGCCGGAUCGCCUUUCAAGCUGUCGUGCCCAAGCAGACGAUGCGGAUCAAGGUGCAACCGCCGACGGCGACUGAGCUGCCACCUCACAACCCCAUCCUGCCUGCUGCUGCCAUCACUCAAGUCAUGCUGAUCGCCAACCCUGCCAAAGACAAGGUACGCCUGAAAUACAAGCUGAGCUAUGCGAUCGAGGAGGAAAGCCACUCACAUUCCGGCGAAGUGGACUGCCCCGUGGACACAGCCGCCUCCGCCACCUCAUGAUGACAACAGCCACCCGGCAAGGAGACCCGAGGACACCACCACCGCUGCCACCACCACUCCACCGUCGCCGCCGCCGCAGGUUGACAGUACUGCUGCUGUAACACACAAACACACACCUGCGUCUGCUGCACUUCCACCUCAGGAGCCUCUGCGAGUGCCACCACAUGGUCCAGCCCCCACACAUUUCGCAGCAAGUCUUCUGGCAUCUUCACUGUGUGCCAUCUAUCCGGAGAGCUCUAAUGCCCACAUCUGGGCUUUGGUCGUUGACCAAUCGACGGUGGCUCCCCGCUGUCUGUGUCGUGUGCUCUAGAUUACGACGUAAGCUGCGUGUGUCGUCUGCUGCUUUACUGUGAUGCCUAUGGAAAUCCGACCAAAUUUUAUGCUCCCCAUGGCUUAAUACUGGUUUCAUGCUAGCUACAAAUUGCAGGCUGUUGCAGAGGACAGGGGUAGCAGACGCGAGCGUGCGGCUAAACGAGGAGACGAGAAUGCCUCACUCAGAGCAUAGAAUUUGCAUGACAAGCUCCAAGAACAGAUGGCUGUGCAGACGACGCUCGGAUGCAAUGUGUGGCAGGUGGAUGUGGCAGGCUCUGAAGUUUAGGCCUAGUUGCAGUGCUCACUUCUCACUAUAUUUUGGCAGUGGUAGUAAUUGUCUCUGUGAGUUAGAAGAAGACGGGUGGUUGGGACAUUUACUCAUCAGUGCCACGAUUUCCUUUCCCCUUUUUUUUUUUUUCUUUUGUAAUGUCCUCCUAGUGCACAGGUUUUGUCGAGAAAUGCAGCAUAACGCGCAUGCGGUAUACUUAAAGGUGUGUCACUGUGUUCUGAUUCGCUCGAUGGUGUCAUUGUUUAUGGCCAGAGUGCUGUCUGGGCACGAGCUCGGUGCAUGUAAGCCCCUGCGUUAGGAAGCCUUGAAUACCUGGUGAAUCGAACGCAUUUGUACAGACACCAUCAAAAGAUAACGCAUGCCUAACUGGGGCAAAAAAAAAAGGAAUUAGAAAUUAACACUUCACGUUGCUUUGAAACAUCACAGUUCGAGAUUAGCACCGGUUUUGAUGACUUGUACAAAAAAAAAAGGUUGUUUGUCAUAAUAGGGCUGUCGUUCUACACUCAUUUUCGCAAGUUUCGUUUUUUUUUUAGACUUGAAGCCUGCCUUUCAUGCUGGCAAGGUUUUUCGGUGUCAUGUGGUUCUGACUUCUUGCUUCGACAUAUCUGUCCACAAUGUGCUGUUGUAGCAAGUGUGGUUUGUUGUUUCAGUGCCUUGAAUUAGUUGUGUGUACUCAAGGAGCUCCUAACCAAGACGACCAACAUAUAUGUUGCAUGAUCAGCUGUACUGAUUAAGAAGGAACAACCAAGCUGUUCUUAGUAGGCAAGUCUGCUUAUUUCUGCUUGCAUGCUUCACCUUGCACAAGAAGUCCAGCAUUGAUUUCUCUUGCAAAACAAGGAGAAACAGUGGUGAAGUACGUUUACUUUCACUGUAGGUAAUGAAGUUAAAGAAACAGAGUUUUUGAGCAAUGCGAGUGCUUUGCGGGUUUUGAAAUUUCGAUCACUCGCUAAGACCUGCAUGCAGAUAGCGUGUAUGAUGUUAGUGUGUGUGUGUGGCAGAGAUUUAAGCACUAUCUGUAGGAACAUUUCCAUUUCGGAAGCUCUGUAUGGGGUUUCAAUAGGCCUAAAUUAUCACUUAGGCCUAGCAUUAAGCCUAACAUUAGGCCUAACGUUAAGUCUAUCUCGCUCGUUUUUUUACGUGCAUGGCCUUUACACAACAAAAGGGCAAAGGUACGUAGUGUGUGCAUUAAAAACACAUGCAGAAUGGAAACUGCGUGAGUGCAGUUCCUUUCUCGACUGCGAGAACAGCACAUGCUUUAGAAAUGAAGGGAAGAAAAGUGUAUAAUUGGGAAAAUACUGUUUUCUUGUGAACAAUGCGUAAGAAUAUACAGUAUCAUAAUGGUGUAACAACAAUGUUUACCACUGUUCUCUACAAAAAUCAUAUCAGCAGCAGGCGCAUGAGAGAAAUAAAUGUGCACAAAUCUUUUGCAUAUCUUGCAAGAAGGUAGCGAUGAGCGAGGCUUGCAUCCCCUAAACUGCCUUGGACCCUUUUUCAUUAUCAACACAAUUACAUAUGGAAAAAGCAGCAGUGGCCAUAGAACACAUCAAAUUGGAUUACUACUAUCACACGUACACAGCCCUUCAGUUGAUGUCAUGAAAUUUAAAGAACCAUCGGAUGCUUGCAAUACGGUCCUCGAGAUUACUGUCUAGAACUCUGUCAGCCAGUGGCAUUCUUUAUUUGUACUUUACAGAAAACUUACAUCGGUGUUCUGAAAGUGAUGUAGUGUAGGCACAUCUUGAAGCACAAUAAAGGACACAAGGCAGGUAGGAACACAUCUUUCUUCCUGCCUUGUGUCCUUUGUCGUGUUACCCCUUCAAGAGGUUUAGGCAGUAUCAACUUGUCCAAAUGUCGAUUCUACUGUGCUGUAUGAAUACGUGGACCUGCUUCGUCACUGACCAGAAACUUCGGCUGCAGAGAUAGUAGUAGCCAACUUGAGUUUGUGGAAUGCUGCUUGAGCUCUGUCCUGUUUAGUGCAAGAAGUGGAAGUCUUGCUGAAGUAGCCUCCAUCCACGACUGCGGUACUUGCAUCUCCACCGCACGGUCUCAUGCAUUGCUCCUCUCAUUCAGUUGGCCAGCUCUGUCAGCUGCUGUUGGUUGACCAUCUUAUUUUCACUAAAAGUUCUACUCUAGCAAAAUCUUGAACCUGGUUUUUAAUGCCUUCGUCUAUUUCCCAAAAAAUACUGAUCCUAAAUAUGUAUUACAUUAUUUAGUUUCUCGUAAAAUUACCGAAAUAAUAAUAUAAGUAAUGCUGCCAAGGGAAGAUUUCCUGGUAUAGUAACGAGAACAUACUGAAAUGCACCAAGAGGAGCACGUCAAUACAUAGCAGUAUGUCAAUAUACAUGCUAGCCAUGUAUGACCUGUUUUACCAGAUUGAGAUUUCGUUGCAGUUAGCUUUUAAAAGAGUGAAGGAAGGCCCCUAGUCUAGGGAUACAUUUUGUACAUUUCCUACCGUUGCAGAUUCCAGAACCACGUAACUACGAGGACAUUGGCCAGUACUAGAAGCUCCCAUGCGCACUUGCUAUGUGCUUGCCAAUCAAAACCCGACGGUCACAAGUGGAACUGAGUUGCGGGGCUACAACAUAGAUCAUUUGUUAGCCCCAUAUUUAAGCAUUGUUUUAAACAGUGCAUAGCCUUCUUGACUAAAGAAAGUGGACUGCAGUGCUGCCCCUCGACUGCACUUCAUUGAGACUACAGCGAUUCACAAACGAAAGCUUUAUAAUCGGGUUCUGCCAGUGUCUAUAUACCGAAGUGCGCCUCCAACGCAUCAGGCAUCUCCAUUUUUUAGCGCUUGUCGAGGAGCCUCCAUCCACGACUGUGGUACCAGAUGAGGCACACAGCGCUGUUAACGAGGCCUGUCUUGAGUACGGGAAGUUCCUUUUGCUGGGAGUUCAAGGUAAUGACUGUUGAGGACAAAAUGCAGACUAACAAUAUUUACUGAAAGCUGUGGCUAAAACGAAACGAGAAGUACUAACUGAACUUCAGUGCAUGAUUUGUUCUGGCAAGCACAACCUGCCACAGUACUGUACAGUUAUUACAAAUUGCGAGCAUCAUUUAUUGGCCCUGCACUGUAAUUCUGCCGUAUGUGUUUGGCAGCUACCACUAUUACUCAAGAUUUUCUCGCAGAUCUCAAUCGUCUGCCCAAGAAUGUGAGUGCUCAUGCGAGCAUUGUGUUGGGUGUUUGUGAAUUCCACAAUGUUUGCACUUUCUUUGUUGAGCAUCCUAUAAGUGGCAACUUUGAGUUGGCAAUAUUCCUAUGGUGUCGUUGUGACAUAGAAUAACUACCACAUGUUGAGUUGCAGGAUGCCAGUUUUCCCUUUCUGUGCAGGCGUUCGUUUGUUAUGCUCGCAUUUUGCCUCUUCUAAUAUUGAGCGCUGGUUUAACAUGCUAAAUGUUGCACUAUACUGGCAGCAUCUAUUAGUGUCUGGAAUAGCAUUUUCCGGUGCUCACAUUAGACGCGGCGUCAAAAAGCUUCAAAAAGAGAUGGGAUGAUAAAGGAUACACGGACAAGCAAAAUCCUUUUAUUAUCUUUCCUGUGUGUUGUCUCUCUUUAGCGUAGUGUUGCAUCAUAAAUUUCUCAAAUGAAGUACUUGGUCAAUGCCACGGCUAUGGCUAUUGAAUUGGUCAGGAUGCCUGCACGUCUAUGCUAUGUGAAUGUGUGCUGGUGAAUAGGUUUUAAUUUCAGCAAAUUGAGAAAUCUUGUAAAAUGGGUGCAUUGUUUGCGAUCGAUAGAACAUGUAAAGAUUAAACCACACCUUCUUGAACAGUGUAAAGGAGCACACAGUGAUCUUGUCAAGGGAAAUGGAAAAUUAUGUGCUGCAUAUGUAUUCCUGUCUACACAUCGCAGCAAUUACGCUACAAUUUAUCGGUGGAGGUCUUUACACUUGUGGGCCAAUAGGAGUGCAUGGAGGACAGAAAUCUUAGAAUUUUGUUCUGUGCUCCAGAUAUUGAUUUGCAGCACUUGGCUCUUUUAUGUUUAGUAGCUGUUGGUCGAGGCAAUGGAAAGUGACACAAGAUGUAUUUUUUUCUCUGCAUGUACAUUUUACCUGGCUAUAUAGGCUUUGCAAGCAAUUUCAGACGGUAGCCGCACAACUUGUUAGACACUGAUAGUUAAACUCUUCAUUGAAGUUAAGAUGCUGCUGGGAAACAUUGUCAAAUUGCUGCAAGUGCCUAAAGAUUGGACAGGUUGGCACAAUCUUGUGUGUGCUGGUAGCAUGGAGUACAUGUUUGCAUUGAGCUGUGUUGUGAUAUUACACUGUGCAUUGAUUUAGCAGUGGGCUGCUUUAUUGUUACGUAAGCUGGCUUGUAUUCCUAAACUUGCUUCCUAAAGUAUUUUUUUGAUGGCUGAAUGGAAAAGCUGAAAAAUUAAGUGGGGCUGUACUUUGGCACAACUGGCCAAGUUGAAACAAGACCACUGUCGGCUUUCAGCAAAGUUUCAUUGACGAAAACUGAACUGCAGGCCUCUUAAAGGUCGUUGUGAUUUUUUAAAUUCAUACCUUAAUGUCUCAGUGACAGAGCAUAAGUACGAUUUGGUCACCCAGCAGAAUGGAGCUUUGAUAUUGCUCUCAGUAACUGCUGCUAAACAGUUUGUUUCUUCAAGAUGUAUGCUGCUGUUGAACCAUGCGAGAAGACUCUCGUGGUUGCACUGUCUGGACGAGGUGGUUGUAGAGCUUCAGAUGUACGGGGUACUGAUGCAAGAAGUGCUCCUCAACUAAUGCUAGCCUGGGCGGCUGGCUUUAGACUGUAGAACAGACAUAAUGGAAUGCUGCACGUGUGGUUACUGCUGUGACACUAAAGAGGGCCGUACCUCGGGCCCGCACACAUUGUCUGGAGGGCCAACUGAUGAGACCUUCAUGAUCGCAGCAGUUAGUGCUGCGGGUAGAAGGAAGCAUUCCAUACUUCCAGGUUACGGUAUGCAUCAAACUUUGAGCUAGUCACAUGUCUCCGAUGAGGAGAAACUACCUAGGGUAUUGCAAUUGAAAAGGACGGACACAUUCUUUUUCUUGUCCAUGCGCGUGUUCUCUACUGUGUGUUUGUGCACGUCUUCAUUUUCUUUCCUUCCGCCCCCCUCCACUUUACGCUGCGGUCGCGUAUAUUAUAUUUUCCUCCUCUCCUUCCUUGUAAUAUACAUUCCCCGCUACUCUUUCACCUGUUUGUUGAGAAGAAUAAACGGUUUGUAAGCAUG